ACCGCUAGCCUUGUUUACGUUUCACAUUUCUCACUUACCGCUGUUCUGUUUAAAAAAAAACAAAAAAAAAAAACAAACAUGUCUGCUGUCUCUCCGGUUUUGAGUGCAGAUGAGGACUCGCUCGAGCUUCACAUGGUGCGGCUGGAACUGGAGGAUGUGGAGAAGCAGAUCCGCGGCCUACUCGACAAGCAGGCCCAGCUGCUGGAGCGACAAACUGCGCUGGAAACAUCUUGUGCCUCUGCCCACAUAUCCAAGGUAAGCACACAGCGUGGUAUUUCCACUCCCAGCCCCUCUACGCCGUGUGUUUCUCUGUGCAGGGACCGUGCACCUAGGACUUUCCCAGCCGUGGUCUCCGUCACGCCGGCGCCAACACACCUCGGGCCUUGGGUGAACCAGCGGCGGAAGGCGCGGGCUGGACCCUCUCCACCUCCGGUGUUCGAGAUUCCAACCAGGAACCGCUUCGCCCCUCUCCGCCAGACCAGACCCAACGCUGUGAUCGUCGGGGACUCCAUUGUGCGGAACGUCCGUGUAGCCUCAUCUAAAGGUAAGGUGCGCACACACUGUUUUUCUGGUGCUUGUGUCCUUGAUGUCGCUGCGCAGGUAUCCGGGAUCCUGAAGAAGGACGAGCGCAUUGGAGCGGUUGUGCUGCACGCGGGGACGAACGACACCAGGCUGCGGCAGACGGAGGUUCUGAAGAGGGACUUCUCCAGCCUGAUCGAGACGGUACGAGGCAGAUCACCCACCGCGAAGAUCAUCGUCUCUGGACCUCUUCCCACAUACAGACGUGGAGCAGAAAAGUUGUUUCGUCCUGAUGGCCUGCACCCCAGCAGCCUUGGAGCGGAACUGCUAUCAGACAACAUUUCCAAGGCGCUACACUCCAAGUGACUGCCUAGCGUAAGUACAUCUUCCAAUAAUAACAACAUUCAGUAUAAUCAAUGUUCAAUUAAAAAUCCGGCACCGGUAGUACAUACUAUAGAGACUGUGUCUGUUCCCCGAGCUAUACAAAUAUAUAGAAAAUCUCGGAAAGUCUAUCU